AUGUCCUAUCAAUCUCCGAUCUCCGAUCCUUACGCUUAUCUCAACAUUGUAAAGAAUCCAGAUGGCUCCAUCACUCGCGACCUCACCAACUUCCGGUGCGUCCCAGCUACACCGGAUCCUUCCCCACUAAACCCCGUCGUCUCCAAAGACGUCUCCGUGAACGGGUCAAAGUCAACGUGGAUGCGUCUCUACCUUCCCGACGGCGUUUCGUCUGAAAAACUCCCUCUCGUGGUCUAUUACCACGGCGGAGGUUUCAUCCUGUGCAGCGUCGACCUCCAAGUCUUCGACGACUUCUGCUCCGUGAUGGCGCGUGACCUCAACGUCAUCGUCGCAUCGCCUUCGUACCGGCUAGCUCCUGAGCACAGAUUACCGGCGGCGUACGACGACGGAGUGGAGGCGCUGGAAUGGAUUAGAAACUCCGACGACGAGUGGAUCAAAUCUCACGCCGAUUUCUCCAAUGUGUUCCUCAUGGGAACGAGCGCCGGCGGGAACUUGGCUUACAACGUCGGGUUAAGAUCCGCCGAUUCCGUCGUUGAUCUGAUUCCGUUACAGAUCCGUGGAUUGAUUCUCCACCAUCCGUUCUUCGGCGGUGAAGAGCGAUGCGGAUCUGAGAUUAAACUUGUGAACGAUCAGGUUUGUCCGCCUGUAGUCACAGACGUUUUCUGGGAUCUCUGUCUCCCCGUCGGCGUUGAUCGGGAUCAUGAGUAUUCGAAUCCGACGGUGGCGGAUGGAUCGGAGAAAUUAGGACGGUUGAGAUGGAAGGUGCUGGUGAGUGGAGGAGAUGGAGAUCCGAUGAUAGAUCGGCAGAGAGAUGUUGCGAAGUUGAUGAAGAAGAAGGGAGUGGAAGUGGUGGAGCGAUUUACCGACGGCGAUGUUCACGGUGCUGAGAUCUUCGAUCCUUCUAAGCGUAACACUCUGUUUGUUUCUAUCAGAAAUUUCAUUUCCUCGUCCUCUGCUGUGUAA